UCUUUGAUCGGAUGUUUUCUCCGAAGGAGGAGCUCAAUUAACACGACUUUAUACAUGGUCACUAAGCUCCUUCUGAUUCUACAUGGUUGACACAUGUCUCCCUUGAAAUUCUCUGCUUCUAUCAUUAUAGACCCUCCAUUUCCCUCAUCACUCAAGGAUCAAAUUACAAGCAACAAAAAACACACAAGAGUGCUGCACUGCUGCAGUGUAACAAAGAAACUAUGGGGGAUAAAGCUACCCUUUUGAUAUUGCUCCUUGUUCUUUGUCAUGGUGUGGCUGUGACAAUGGGGUAUUGGGUAACAGAGCUUGAAGAGGGGUCUCCAAGGCCAGACAAAUUGUUCAUGCUACAGAAAUCUAAGAGUGUGGCCAAGACUGAUGCAGGGGAGAUGCGAGUGCUGGAAAGCUAUGGUGGCAGGGUUUCUGAGAGACGUUUGCACAUUGGUUUCAUCACCAUGGAACCAAGAUCUCUCUUUGUUCCUCAGUACCUAGACUCUAGUUUAGUCAUGUUUGUACGUUCAGGGGAAGCAAAGGUGGCAUUCAUAUAUAAGGACAAAUUAGCAGAAAGGAAAUUGAAGAGAGGAGAUGUGUAUGAAAUUCCAGCUGGUUCAGCGUUCUAUUUGGUGAAUACCGGGGAGAGUCAAAAACUUCACAUCAUUUGUAGCAUUGACCCCGCUGAGAGCUUGGGAGUAGGCAUUUUCGAGUCCUUCUAUAUUGGAGGAGGAGCUAAUCCAGCAUCAGUGCUUUCUGGAUUUGAGCCAGAAAUCCUUGAAACUGUAUUUAAUGCAACAGGACCUGAGUUGAGGAAAAUCUUCACCAGGCAACAUGAGGGCCCUAUUGUGCAUUUGGGUGAUCAUUCAAGUGCAACAAACAUAUGGAACAAGUUUCUUCAACUGAAGGAGGAAGAGAAAUUGCAGCACCUGAAGAGAAUGGUGCAAUGCCAAGAAGAGAGUGAUGAUGAAGAAGAAGAAGAGCAACAAGCAAGUUGGUCUUGGAGGAAACUCUUGGAAUCUGUGCUUGGAGUUGGAGAUGACAACAAGAAUAUUAGGGAUCAAAAGUUUACCGAUAAAUCUCCUCACUCUUGCAACCUUUAUGACAGAAAACCAGAUUUUAUUAACAAUUAUGGUUGGAGUGUUGCUUUAGAUGGCUCUGAUUAUUCACCACUCAAAAGCUCUGGCAUUGGAAUUUAUCACGUCAAUCUCAAAGCGGGAUCAAUGAUGACACCCCAUUUGAAUCCAAGGGCAACAGAGUAUGGAGUAGUGCUGAAAGGAUCUGGUAGAAUCCAAAUUGUGUUUCCAAACGGGAGCAAUGCAAUGGACACACAUAUCAAAGAAGGGGACGUGUUCUUUGUUCCAAGGUACUUCCCAUUUUGCCAAAUAGCAUCACAAAGUGGAUCACUAGAGUUCUUUGGGUUCACCACCUCUGCAAGGAAGAACAGGCCACAGUUUUUGGUGGGUGCAACGUCGCUUCUGAGGACCAUGAUGGGGCCUGAGCUUGCAACUGCAUUUGGGGUGAGUGAGGAAACGAUGAGGCAUGUGGUUAAUGCACAACAAGAGGCUGUGAUACUACCCACUCCAUGGGCUGCACGUGUAUACCAGAAUCAGAAGAGGAGGGAGGAGGAGGAGGAGUGGAUUCGAAGGAAUGGAUUGAUUUCGGGUUAUCGAUAUCGAGCUCCAUUUUUUUAUUAUUGAGAUAAUUAGAGGAAUAUUUUGGGGCAGUGCUAGUGAGAAUAAUCUGGUGAAACAUUGAGGUUAUAAGAGGGGCUAGAUUUUUAGCCAAUUCGACUUUUUUUUUUUGAGUUAUCCUUCCUUUUCUCUUUUUUUCUUGUUUGAUGUUCUAUUUUUUAUAUUUACGGAAAGACAAGCUUGCAUUAGAAUAAUAAAAUAUAAUCGGAAGAAUAUCCGAGAUGAUACAUGAGUGAAAUAGAUGGAGGAACACAUUGAAACCAAGACUCAUCUCCAUGAUCCAAAGAGAAUUUUGCAAGCACAUGGUGUUUUAGUUUAGAUUUCUCAUCUCAGUUGGUCAAUUUAAACUAAGAUAUUUUGCAAAAUGCUGAUUGGAGAUAGGUGAAGUAAUCUGUACUGUAAUCAUCAUCAUCCCAUGUAAUCUCCACUAAAUGAGUGAAUACUUUUUUACUA